GGGCGGGAGGCGGAGCGGAGGCGUGGGGGCGGAGUCGCCGCGGUCUAGAGGCGGCUGGCUGCGAGCGGCGUGGGAGUCGGUGGUCUUGGUGCCAUGGCCGCCUCGGUGUUCUGCUGCCUGCGGUGUUGCAGGGACGGCGGGACGGGACACAUCCCUCUGAAGGAGAUGCCGGCGGUGCAGCUGGACACGCAGCACAUGGGAACAGAUGUUGUCAUUGUAAAAAAUGGAAGAAGAAUAUGUGGAACAGGAGGCUGUUUAGCCAGUGCCCCUUUACAUCAAAACAAAAGCUAUUUUGAAUUCAAAAUCCAGUCCACAGGAAUAUGGGGUAUUGGCGUUGCAACUCAGAAAGUUAACUUGAAUCAGAUUCCUCUUGGCCGAGAUGUGCAUAGUCUGGUGAUGAGGAAUGAUGGAGCCCUAUACCACAACAACGAGGAGAAAAAUAGGCUGCCAGCAAACAGUCUUCCACAGGAGGGAGAUGUGGUGGGUAUUACAUAUGACCAUGUAGAAUUAAAUGUAUAUUUGAAUGGGAAAAAUAUGCAUUGUCCAGCAUCAGGUAUACGAGGGACAGUGUAUCCAGUUGUUUAUGUUGAUGACAGUGCAAUUUUGGAUUGCCAGUUCAGUGAAUUUUAUCAUACUCCUCCACCUGGUUUUGAAAAAAUAUUAUUUGAACAGCAGAUCUUCUGAAUGUAUUUGUUUUUGAAACUUGUGUUUCUGCACUUUUAAAAGUGUUUACCAUUUAAUAAAGCUUUACCUGACCUGUAGAUGAAAAUAUAUUCUUAAAAAUAUGCUUGUUAAUGUUGUUCAAGGAACCAGUGUAUUCAAGAUACCAUCUGGAAGUUGUGAUUUGAAAUACUUCUGUUUUGUGAGAUGAAAUCAGCAUUUGGGGCAGUUUAUUUAAUUCUUAUUUAAAUAAAUAUAACUAUGGGUUUGAUUAACAGUAUUCAGUGGAAAUAUGUAUAUAGAUAUUUAAAAGGGAAUCUUUCUUACAUAAAAUAUUUGUUUUUAUAAUAGAGAUGUAGAGUUGGGUGGGUUUUUCUCAUUCUGAAAUUUAGACCUCAUUAACUAUUUUAAGUCUACAGUCUAAUUUGUGUCUAAGUGUUCUUUUUUAUAUAGAGUAUAACAAAGGGAUAGAAAAUAUAUUAUUGGCAACUUCUUUUUUGGUGAUUUAUUUACAGUAAAGUGUACCACUUUUCAUAAACUUUAAAUUGCUUACUUUGUAUGUCAUUGCUUUUAAUUUGUUUUGUGAAAGGAGGUGAAUGUUUUUGGUAACUGUCAGAGCGAUUUUUUUGAAGACCAUCAUGCUGUGUUAGUUCAAUACCAGAAAGUUCAGAGAAAGUGAGUCCUCUCCAUGACCCUGAGCCUCUGCCAAGUCUUCAGUAAAGUUUUCUUCAAUACCCUACUGACCUGAACUAAUCACUGUACACACUCUGGUAGAGUCUCCUUUGCUAGUGAGCCAAGGACAUAUAUGUUACUCCUUUGUGAACAGGAGAAGUAGUUGUACUAGAAAGCCAUGGGCAUUAGAAUCAGAAAUCUGAAUUGUUAUUUUGCCCUCUAAUCCGGUUACCUCCUCAGCUAGUUCUUUAGCAUCCCUGAGUUCAAGUUCACCAUUUAUAAAAGGGAUACUCAUAUUUGCUUGAUAAGAUUCUGUAACUAGUUAAAUAAGGUAAUACAUGUAAAAUACCCGAAUCACCAUAGGCACUUAAAGAAUGUAGUUUCCUUUUUGACUCUUAAGCAGUAGUUUUCAUAGGGUCCUCAGACCAGCCUCCUCAAAAUCUUUUUAGAAAUGCAUAUUCUUAGGCCCACCCCAGACCCACUGAAUCAGAAACCGCUGGGGAUAGCACCCAGGAAGCUGUGAACAAGACUUUCAGGUGAUUGUAAUACAUGGUAAAGUUUGAGAACCACUGUUCAGGAGAGAAUGAUUGCCUACUAUAAAUUUUCUAAGGGUUUAAGACUAUUUUUGACCCAUAGGCAAGAGAAUCCUGCAGUGUUCAUUGUUUGUUUGGUAGGUGAAAAUGUGACAAUAUGCUUUGAAAACAUAAAUAUACUUGAGUAAAUUCAUUUACAUAAAACCCAUAUUUACCUCUGAAGAUACAGAAUUGAAUGAUAUUAUUUAUGCAUUUUUGUCUGACUUUCUGAAUCUUAAUUCGUAAAGAACAUGCUUACUUUGGAAAGCGAAUUGAAAUGACUACUGUUUGCUGUCUUUAUAAUGUUAUCUACCUCUUAGUUAUUUUAUUUAAGGCAAAUUUUUUUUAAAUUAUCCUGUUCUUUACUCAAGACUAUCUUUUCUGCCUCUAGUCUUAUGGAAUAGGCACAGUACUAAAAUGAUACAUGAGUUGUGCCAUGUCUGUGACAACAGUUUGAUGAAGUAUAGAUGUGUCUUUAAUCCGAAGUUACCUAAUCCUCUUGGGAAAAUUACCUUCCUAAACCUAUAACCUCAGUCUAAUCUUAAGGAAGAUAGACAAAUUCCAGUAGAGGGGCAUCCUACAACAUUCUUGACUAGUACUCCUCCAAACUGUCAAGGUCAUCAAAAAAAGGGAACGUCAGAGAAACUAUCAUACCCAAGAGGACCUGAGUCGAAGGGGACAUAACAAGUAAAUGUAAUAUGGGAUCCAGGAAGAAAAGGUAUUAAGUAAAAACUAAGGAUGUAUGAAUAGACUGUGGAUUUUAAUAAUAAAGUAUCAAUAUUCAUUUAUUGUAACAAAUGUAUCCUACUAUAAGAUGUUAAUAAUGGGAGAAACUGGGAGAGAGAAUAUGUGGAAAUUCUGUACUACUCAAUUCUUCUGUAAAUCUAAACUAUUCAAAAAAAUAAAGUCUUAAAAAAUUUCGUUG